CACGCGACGAGCCGGUUUGUCAAUAGCUUGUUACAGUGGUUAAUGAUGUCUGUAACCUUUUUUGUGGGGUUUCUUCUGUACCAGCCGGACACAAGUUUAAAAACAAAGACGUCGUCUACGCCAUCCAAUAAUAAUGCAUACAUACUUUGUGGUAUGUUUGCUAAAUAGCCUACACGUUUGGUCUUAGUUAGCCACGUUAGCACACGUCAUGCCAACUAAAGCAUUGCCUCUUGUAGCUUGCAGUGCUGUCGGACCGAACUGAUAUGUAUUUGUCACGUUUUGCUUAGCUUAGUUCACCAAAACAAAAAAUCAGUUCAUGUUGUGGGCUACCAUGUUUGAUGUCAAGCUGCUUAAUGGAUCUUGUGGUCUUGUGCAGGUGUACCUAAUGUUGCGGUUAGGGAGAGUAUUAGAUAACUGUUCUGUAUUGUAUUCUAUUUAUCGAUUGCCAUGAAUUACUAAUGAUAAACCUAUAUUGAUUUACAGAUUUGUGUAUCUCCUGCCGUUGUGCGAAGAGAAUUACACAAAAAAGGCUAUGAAGAACACAUGGAGAACUGCAUGUACUCUUGGCACAGUUUUACUAAUACAAACCCCAGUAGAGAUGAUGGCUGACACUUAUCAGCUCACAUAGGAGAUGUCCAACAAAUGGGGUGGGACGCAAACAGAAGCAGACAGGCUGUCCUGCUUAUAAAAGUAGAUGAACCCUUUCUCCAUUCUCACAGCACCUUGUGAAGAUCACUCGUUGUUGUGAAGCCAUGGUGAUCAAGUGCACCGCUGUGUGCCUAGUGGCACUGGCCUUGCUCUGCAGUGUGUGCAAUGCUCAGCGCUACCUUAGUCCGAGACAGGACACCAAACAGGGGACCCAGGAUCCCCAGCAGACAAGGAAUACAUUUGAAAAGCCAAUCACCUGGAUGUACCCUGAAGAGCCUCAGCCUGAGCCCAAGACUGAUGUUCCCUUUGAGCUUCGGCACCCUGUCCCUGCUGCGACUGUUGCUGUAGACUGCCGGGAGAAGGACGCACACGUGGAGGUCAAGAAGGACCUCUUUGGAAUCGGCCAGUUCAUCAAUCCCGAUGACCUCACUCUAGGAAACUGCGGCCUUGUGGGGGAAGACACAGCCGCUCACGUGCUGAUUUACGAGUCUGAGCUGCAUGAUUGCAACAGCAAGUUACAGAUGACGGAUGACUCUCUCAUCUACACCUUCAGUCUUCAGUAUAACCCAAAGCCAAUGGGCAACAUCCCUGUUGUAAGGACUACCAAUGCUGCUGUGAUUGUGGAAUGCUACUACCCAAGGCAUCACAACGUGAGCAGCCUACCUCUCGACCCACACUGGGUCCCGUUCUCUUCUGUCAAGGUUGCAGAGGAGUUCUUGUACUUCAGUCUGACCCUCAUGACCAGCGACUGGAUGCAUGAGAGGCCCCGCUAUGAGUACUAUCUGGGGGACAUGAUUUUUGUCGAGGCCACUGUCAAGCAGUACUAUCACGUGCCCCUCCGUGUUUAUGUGGACAACUGCGUGGCUACGCUGACACCGGAAAUUAAUUCCAGCCCCAGAUAUGCCUUCAUUGAGAAUGGAUGUUUAGUUGAUGCAUGGAUCACGAGCUCGGACUCUAAAUUCAUGCCACGCACAGACGAGAACAAGCUUCGGUUCAUGUUAGAGGCCUUUAGGUUCCAGGGUGCUGAAAGUGGACUGCUCUACAUUACUUGCCACAUGAGAGCCACGUCUACAAGCCGCAUCAUUGAUUCUGACCACAGGGCCUGCUCUUUCAUGGACGGUUGGAAGGAGGCUAGCGGAGUGGAUGCAGCAUGCAAUUCCUGUGACGCUGGUGGAUACGGAUCUCCUGGCGUAGUGAACGGUGGAGGCAAAAAACAAGUGGGCGGUUCCUGGACCACUGGUGGUGGCCAACAAGGGGGUGGAUCCUGGACCACUGGUGGUGGUCAACAUGGGGGUGGAUCCUGGACCACUGGUGGUGGCCAACAAGGGGGUGGAUCCUGGACCCCUGGUGGUGGCCAACAAGGGGGUGGAUCCUGGACCCCUGGUGGUGGCCAACAAGGGGGUGGAUCCUGGACCACUGGUGGUGGUAGCACUGGUGGCGGUAGCACUGGUGGCGGUAGCACUGGAGGUGGUGGCACUGGCGGCGGUGGCUCAACCGUCAUCAAACAAGGGAGUCUUCCCUGGAUCCCUGGUGGUGGCAAACAAGUGGGUGGUUCCUGGACCACUGGCAAACAAAUCGGCAGUUCCUGGGUCAGUGGCGGUGGUACGAGGAAGGGCCGUUCAUUGACAGAUGAAGAGACAGUCUGGAAAGGUGCUGUCACGCUGGGUCCCAUCGCCAUCGGAGAGCAGCAAUAAACUCAACAUCCUUCCAUGGCAAUCGAAAUAAACAUUCGCAUUUGCUCAUGAGUGACUAUGUUAUUGUGCAAGUCUUUUUGCUAUUACCUCAGUUGAAACAAAAAGAAAGGAAAAAAAUUAAAUUAAAGUUUAAGUGUCAGAAAGAGAAAAACUUUGAAAUUGUCACUUAUUUUGCAUUGCCGCUUUGUAAUGAUAUGAAUAUGUAAUAAAAGGCACAGCGUCUCUUUUUUU